AUGGCUAAUCCAACCGCUGAUACUGCAAUUGACAUAGAACAUGUUCCAGUUAAGGACGACCCCCGUCAAUGGAGUCGUGCUAGAAAGACGACAACCUUGUGCAUUGUGUCACUGGCUACAAUGGUGUCUACGUUAGCUUCUAACAUUCAAAAUCCGUCAAACUCUCUCAUAGAGGAAGCUCUCCAUGUAACAAGCAGUCAGAUUAGCUGGACAUUGGCGGUGUUCCAAAUCAUACAAGGGAACUUUCCUUUAUUAUGGAGCGUCGGAAGCGAAAUUAAAGGCCGGAAGCCUGUCUAUUUGGUGUCUUCCACCUUGUUUGUGGUGGGAAGUACUGUCUUGGCAUUGUCAAACACCAUUGAGGUGAUGAUCGUUAUGCGAGCACUUCAAGCUGCGGGAUCAAGCGCUGCUAUUUCUAUUUCAGCUGCGACCUUAGCCGAUAUCUACGAUACUCACGAACGCGGGACCAUGAUGGGCAUCUUUUAUGCUGCACCUCUCAUAGGACCCGCACUUGGCCCUAUACUUGGCGGGUCAUUGUCGCAGGCUUUCAACUGGCGCGCUAGUUUCUACUUCCUGCUAAUUUGUGGAGCAGUUACCUUCUUAUCCUUCCUCAUCCUGUUCAAGGACACAUACAGACGUGAACGAAGUCUCACUUAUCGCUUUGCGUUACAACGCCUAGAUGCCUCCAAAGAACCCGUCAAGAGUCCAAACGAAUCUAUCAUCGCCGGGCAAGACUCCAGCAUGCCUGUCAAGGACGUCGAGAAACAACUCCAACCGCUUCAUGUUCCAGACGCGACCCCAGCGCUGAUAUCUACGCCAGGGCUGGACGAUUUCAGACUAUCAAUACAGGACAUUAACCCCUUUCCACCAUACUUUCAAAUUUUGUCACGAAAGAACAACGCUGCCAUUCUUACCGCUAAUGGACUCGUCUUCGGAUUUAGCUAUUGCCUUUCAUACACGUGUGCCCGCACUCUCGCCAAUAGAUAUGGUUACGACGCGUUUAGCACCGGCCUGGUAUUGCUUUGCCUAGGCGUAGGAAGUAUCGCCGGGAGUGUGAUUGGCGGCCGUUGGUCCGACCGGGUGCUUGCGAGCAUGAAAGCAGCGAACGGAGGAAAGUAUUUUCCAGAAAUGCGCCUAGAGAGUUCGAAACUAGCGAUGCUGUGGCUACCUCCGUCCGUUAUCGGUUAUGCCUGGGUGUGCGAAAAACACGUGAAUGUUGCCGUCAUUUGCAUCAUGCUCGUUCUUAUUGGAUUCACCUCCAUAUGGAUGUAUAGUGGUACAUUAGCAUAUCUCGUUGAUGCCAACCCUGGUCGCUCGUGCACAGCGGUGGCUACAAAUAGCUCGUUCCGAGGAUCCCUUGCUUUUGUUUCGGUUAUGACUGCUGUGCCGCUUCAAGAUGCUUUAGGAGAUGGGGGAUUAUAUACGGCGUGGGCUGGCAUCUUGAUUGUGAUGGAGCUACUGGUUAUGUUGGUGCUACGCAAGGGAGAAUCGUGGCGUAGGGAAAGUGAGGAGCGUGAGCGUGAAAUACUAAGUAACUAA